AAAAAAAAAAAGUUGCUCAGCAAAGCAGAUCCUCCGUCUCAUUUUGAUGACGUUUACAACUUCAGUUUACUGAGCAACUGCUAACGUUACUGGUUUCGUAGAAGCAAAUUUUUAAAUCGAAAACACACACUUCUUCUCGUCAAACAGCUGGGAUCUUGGAUGGAGUGAGUGUUGAGCCCCAGUGAGAUGACUGACCAGGGCAACAACAACCAGAACAUCUCCUGCAACCCCUUUGCUGCCCUCUUCAGCUCACUGGCUGAUGCCAAGCAGUUUGCAUCAGGCCAGAAACCAGAACAACUGUCGGCAGAACCACCAUUGGAGGACUCAGGAGAGAGCCAGUCAGAGUCAGAAAACUCUGUGUCAGACAGCAUUGAUGACAAUGACGACUCUGUGGCAGAGAUCAGCCGCUCUUUCCGGUCCCGGCAGGAGCUGUGUGAACAGCUCAAUGUCAAUCACAUGAUCCAGCGAAUAUUUCUCAUCACUCUGGACAACAGUGACCCCAGUCUGAGAGGAGGUAAUGGGAUCCCUCCUCGUUGUGUUUACCUGGAGGAGAUGGCUGCAGAUCUGGAUGGACAGGAUUGGCUGGACAUGGACAACAUAGAACAGGCUCUGUUUAACCGUCUGCUGCUGCUAGAGCCAGGAAACCACCUCAUCUACAUGACGUCAUGCAGCGCUGUCAACUUGUCUGCUGACCGUGAUGCUGGAGAGAAGUGUGCCAUCCCUUACCUUUUUGCUUGUUACCAAAGGGCCAAAGAAGAGGUGACGAAGGUACCAGAGAAGUUACUGUCGUUUGCUGUUCGCUGUAAGAACCUGACAGUUUCUAACACACAAACCGUUCUGCUCACCCCGGAGAUCUACAUCAGCCAGAAUGUCUACGAACAGCUUCUGGACCUGCUGCUGGAAGCUUUCAGUGGAGCACAACCAGAGGAGGUGAUUGAGUUUGUGGAAGAGGUCAUUGCUGGCCUACUCGCCGACCAGGAGGUGCGCACCUUCGCGGAGGUGAUAGUACCAGUGUUUGAUAUCUUCCAGGGACGCAUCAAAGACUUGGACCUGUGCCAGCCUCUCCUCUACUCCUGCCUAGAUGUUCUGCUCUAUUUCAGCCACAAUAAAGAUAUUGCCAAGGUAUUGGUGGAGCACAUUCAGCCCAAAGACCCAGCUAAUGGUUUACAGUACCAGAAGAGCCUACUGGGGGCAGUGUUGAGUAUCUCCUGCUUGUUAAAAACCCCAGGUGUGGUGGAGGGACAUGGCUACUUCCUGAACCCCUCCCGCUCCAGCGCCCAGGAGACAAAGGUCCAGGAGGCCAACAUCCACCAGUUUAUGGGCCAGUUUCAUGACAAGCUGCAUCACAUCUUGAAAAACCUGCUCCAGCGAUCUGGUGAGACGCGCCACUUGCUGCUCUCGUGGUUGGGCAGCUGUCUGCAGGCUAACGCUGGCCGGGCCAAGAUAUGGGCUAAUCAGAUGCCAGAGAUCUUCUUCCAGAUGUAUGCUUCAGAUGCAUUCUUCUUAAACUUGGGUGCAGCACUGCUGAAGCUGUGCCAGCCCUUCUGCAGGCCGCGUUCACCCAAACUGCUCACCUUCAAUCCUACCUACUGCGCCCUCAAAGAGCUGAGCGAAGAAGAGAGGCGCAAUCGCAAUGUGCACGGAAGAGGUCUUGACAAGGAAACCUGUCUGAUCCCUGUGCCCCCUCAGCAGCCGGUGGAGUCUGCGCAGUCCUACAGCCUGCUGACUGAAAACCUCAUACUCACACAACUCACCCUGCAUCUUGGCUUCCACAGACUCCAUGAGCAGAUGGUGAAGAUGAAUCAGUCUCUCCACCGGCUCCAGGUGACAUGGCAGGAGGCCCAGCGAACAGGCAACCCAAUGUCAGAGCAGCUCCUGGAGCAGUUUGAGCGUCUGAUGAUUGUUUAUCUGUCAACCAAAGCUGCCACUACGCAGCCUGCCAUGCUGCAAUGCUGCCUUAACCUCCAAGCUUCCACUGGUGCUCUACUGGUUCAGCUUGGUGUGGAAAACCAGGGGCCUGAACAUGUAGCACUCAGUUUUCCCCUGCCCUCCCUACAGAAUACUAUGCUCUGCUAUGUACCAGAGUUUUUUGCAGAAAACUUGGGAGAUUUUUUCAUCUUCCUGCGUCGAUUUGCAGAUGAUGUUUUGGAGACUUCUGCAGAAAGUCUGGAGCAGAUUCUUAACUUCAUCACUGUCUUCAUGGGUAACGUAGAGAGGCUGAAGAACCCUCAUUUAAGAGCAAAGCUAGCAGAGGUCUUAGAGGCGGUGAUGCCCCACAUGGAGCCGGUGGCUCCUGGUGCUGUUCAGCCAAUCGUGUUCCAGCGAGAGAGAGUCUUCUGCUCCUACAGACAUGCACCUCAGCUGGCCGAGGCCCUCAUCACUGUGUUUGUAGACAUUGAAUUCACAGGUGAAGCAGUUGAAGCAGCUUUGAACUCGUUGUUCAACUUGUUGAACACUUGUUUUUUAACAGUACUGCUGACUUUGAAUAAAGCCAUAUUUACAUCCAUAGAUUGCUUGGACAGGUGUUGUCACAAGUAUUAUCACUUACAAAUAAUCUCAUUAAAACGUCAUGUAACACACAAUAAGAAAAAAAAAGAAAAACAGACUCUUGGGAUCAUUAUGGGUUUUUUUCUAGUCAGGGGGAUGGUGUGUAAACACCAUCCCCCUGAGGAAUUCUUUUGGUGUUCCUCUUUUUUUCUAGGUGACCCUCAUCAGUUUGAACAGAAAUUCAACUACAGAAGACCCAUGUAUCCCAUCCUCAAGUACAUGUGGGGCAAAGAGAACUAUAGAGAGAGUAUUAAGCAUUUGGCGCACUAUGCAUCUGAGAAGCUGGAGGCCAUGAACCCCCCUCUGUUCCUCAGGUUCCUCAACUUACUGAUGAACGAUGCCAUCUUCCUACUGGAUGAGGCCAUUCAGUACCUGAGUAAAAUCAAGGUUCUGCAGCUGGAGCGGGAUCGAGGCGAGUGGGAAGGCUUGGCCCCCGAUGCCCGAAGAGAGAAGGAGUCAAGCCUGCAGAUGUUUGGACAGCUGGGACGCUUCCACAACAUCAUGUCUAAUGAGACCAUCGGCACACUGGCCUUCCUCACCUCAGAGAUCAAGGGGAUCUUUGUGCACCCCUUCCUGGCUGAGAGGAUCAUCUCCAUGCUGAACUACUUCCUGCAGCACCUAGUGGGUCCUAAGAUGGGUGCCCUUAAAGUCAAGGACUUCAGUGAGUUUGACUUCAAGCCCCAGCAGCUUGUUUCUGACAUCUGCACCAUCUACCUGAAUUUGGGUGAUGAGGAGAAUUUCUGUGUUACAGUCCCAAAGGAUGGACGAUCGUACUCUCCUACCCUCUUCUCCCAAACAGUUAGGGUACUGAAGAAAAUAAACAAGCCUGGGGACAUGAUUGUGGCUUUUGGACUCCUUGCUGACAAAAUAAAGUCCCAUGCAGACAGACAACAGCAGGAAGAGGAGACAUAUUCAGAUGCCCCAGAUGAGUUCUUGGAUCCCAUCAUGUCCACUCUGAUGCUGGAUCCUGUCCUUCUCCCUUCCUCCAAUGUCACAGUUGACCGCUCAACUAUAGCAAGGCAUCUCCUCAGUGACCAGACAGACCCUUUCAACCGCAGUCCUCUAACCAUGGACCAGAUCAGGCCAAAUGAGGAACUCAAACAGCAGAUCUUACAGUGGCUGGAUAAGCAUAAGCAGGAGAGUCUGCAGCUGGGACCCAGUGGCUAGCCGUGAUCCCUCGCUGUGAUAUACAUCCUUGUUUUCUCUCCUGGCUCACAUCUCGCGUGCUCCUCUGCUUCUGGCUAAUCCAUGGUGUGCUUGCCUCUGUGGAUUUCCUCUGACUCCUCUGGUCCGACUAACAUUGCAUAAGCCUUUUCACGCAGCCUUCAUGCUCAGUGGAUUCUCUCUGUGACAAGAGUGUAGGCAAACUGUAGCCCAUCGGCUGGUGACAACUUCAAAAUCCAUGCACAGUAGUUGUUCGACUCCCACGAUGCCCUAUGGUAACAAUAGUAGGGUGAUUCAACCUCUGGUUCCUCUCUCCCUAAAUACUGUGUAUUAAUUAGUUAUUAUUGCAAUCAGAACUGUGGCCAGAUGUAUCAGUUUCAACAGGACUUGUUGAAUGUACUGUAUGAACUCCUGACUGACCAGCUGGCUCUAACCAGAUUUUAUACUGCAAGGUAAGUAUUUUUGGGAACUCUUAAGGCAGAACAUGGGUGGAAUCGUUUAUGAUUUGACUUUGAUUUCUCCUUCAUGAAGAAUACAUUAUGCUCUGCCUUUUAAAGAUCUUGAACACCCUGUAUUUUAGCACUUUUGGUUAAAUCUCAAGCAGCAUUGUAAAUAAAAUGAGCAAUUAAAAGUUGGGCAUAGGUUAAACUGAA